AUGGAUAGAACAGGAGCCAUGGCUAUCACUAUCGCUGGAGUCUUCUUGAUAGAUCUAGCAUAUUCCAUACCCAUCACAUAUACACCGAGCUAUUACAUCGAUCGACAACAUCUGUCUCAAGAGGAGGCCUUGACUGUGUCAGCGACAUUUGCAUAUCAACUUCUUGGAAUUCUUAAUGCUGCUUCAUGCAUUGGCUGGUACGUCAGCUUUGUGAAACUCAAGAUCUAG